AUGGGACACAAGGGACACAGGGAAGUUAUGGGACACGGGAGACUUAUGGGACACAGGAGACACAAGGGACGCAGCCGACACAGGCGACACACGGGACACAACCGACAUAGGGGACACAGGGCAUACAGGGGACACACGGGUCGCAAUGAACAUAAGUUGACCCAAGGCACACACGGGACACAGAAGACACAAGGGUCACAGGGGACACAAGUAACAAAGGUGACCCAGGGGACACGAUGGACAUAGGGGACACAGGAGAGAGAAGGCACCAAAGGGACACAGGGGUCUCGUGCGGACACAAGGGACACAUGGGACACAAGAGGACAAAAGGGACACAAGGGGACACAAGGGAUACAAGAGACACAAGGGAACACAGGAGACUCUGGGCACACAGGGGACAGAAAGGACACAGGGGACACAAGGGAGACAGGAGACAAAGGGGACACAAGGGGACACAUGGGACACAGGUGACACGAGGGACACCGGGGACAAAAGGGACACAAAGGGACACAGGGGACUCAUUGCACAGAAGGAAAACAAGGGACCCAGAGACAGAGGAGAUGCAAGAGACACGGGACACAAGGGAGACAGGGGACACAAGGCACACAAGAGGACACAGGGGACACAAGGGGACACAGGCGACAUAAUUGAAGACCAGGGACACUAGGAACACAGGGAACUCAAAGGGACACAGGGGACACAAGUGGACACAUGGGACAAAGGGGACACAACAGACACAGGGAGGACAAGGGACACAAGGGACACAGGGAACCCAAGGAGACACAGGGGUCACAAGGGACACAGCGGACACAAGGGACAUAGGAGACAGAGGGGACACAGGGAACACAGGGGACACAAAGGGAUAGAGGGGAGACAAGGAGACAAGAGACGCAGUGGACACGGGGAAACACAAGGGAGUCAGGGGACUCAGGGGACACAACUGAAAACAAGGGAGACUGGAGACACAGUCAACACAAGGGGACACAGGGGAGACAAGGGGACACCAGGUACACAGGGGUCACAAGGGACAGGGGACAAAACUUGACCUAGGGGACACAAGGGACACAGAGGACAGAACUGACACACUGGACUAUAGGGACUUAAGGGACACAAAGGAACACAGGGGACAAAAAGGUACAAAAGGGACA